AUGGCCAGAUAUGGCACUUUAAAGUCCAGCUAUAAUAGUAUCUGUUAUUAUGCCUCUUACAUGGAUGAUGAAUUUAAUGAACGGCAGCAGAUGUUUGACAAGCAUUCAGUAGAGCUGAAGGAAAAAUGGAUUGAUAGAGGAUUUGUGGGAGACGGGUUUGUAAUGGAUUCAAGAGUAAGGACCGAUAGAAGUAGAAGAACAUUCAGAGUGUUAGACCCGAGGGUAUCUCGGGCUGAAGGUGAUCACAAGCAAGAUGAACUUGAGAGGGGAAACGAAUUCGUCAAUGCAAUUGGGGAGAUGACCAAAAUGGAACAGUCCAUAUUUAAAAACAUGGAUGCGGAGUGCUUUUCUUUCCUAAACUGUGCUCUGGAGAAUGAUAUGGCACCUAUCUUGAUUGUUGCUACAAACAGAGGCAUUACUACCAUCCGUGGCACUAACUACAAAUCUCCACAUGGGAUUCCAAUUGAUUUUCUUGAUCGACUGCUUAUAAUCUCCACGCAACCGUACACUGAAGAAGAUAUAAGAAAAAUUCUGGACAUCAAGUGCCAAGAGAAAGACGUAGAAAUGUCCGAAGAUGUAAAGGUUUUACUUACAAAGAUAGGGGUUGAUACAUCAUUGAGGUAUGCCAUACACCUAAUUACGGCUGCUGCUUUGGCUUGCCAAAAGAGGAACGCCAAUUUAGUCCUUCGACUAUUUUGA